UGCGCGUGAGGAACCGCGCGUGAGGAAUCUGCACCAGUCUGAGCGCGAGACUGAAGCUGCUGAACAUGUUGCCGUAUAACCGCAUUAAACUGCGAUCAUUAGCCGUUAUAGCGCACAGAUUCUACUGUACUGCGCCUCCACAGAGCAACAACAACCCGCUGGUUUACUUCGAUAUAGCUGCAGAGACGCAGCCGCUGGGGAGAAUCACUUUACAGUUAUAUGCGGACUUUGUUCCAAAAACAGCAGAGAACUUCCGAGCUCUGUGUACAGGAGAACACGGCUAUGGAUAUAAAGGAUCAAUCUUCCACAGAGUCAUUCCACAGUUUAUGUGUCAGGGAGGUGAUUUUACCCACCACAAUGGUACAGGAGGAAAGUCCAUCUACGGUCCCAGAUUUUCUGAUGAAAACUUUAAACUGAAGCACACUGGUCCAGGUAUUCUCUCCAUGGCAAACGCCGGACCAAACACCAACGGCUCCCAGUUCUUCAUCUGUACUGUCAAAACUGAGUGGCUGGAUGGGAAGCACGUGGUGUUCGGCGAGGUGAAGGAAGGCAUGGAGGUCUUGAAGAAGGUGGAGGCCUUUGGUUCCCGCUCAGGAAAAACAUCCAAGAGAAUCGUCAUCUCCGACUGUGGAGAACUUAAAUAGACGACGGGACACACCCCUACAAAUGAUUAGCACUCACAGGGUCAUUCUGAGAGGGAGAUUGAUUAGCAGAAAUAAUGUAGCUUUGGAUUUGAACCAAGUCUGGAUUAAGCUCUGGGUUUAAUGGGUAGUCAGGAUCUGGAAUCUCUGUUGUAAUGUGAAUCCCGUGUACCAGCACUUUCAAAACCAGACGGUCCACAGGACUGAAUUAUAGAAUUAAUGGUAGGGUACGCUAGGUCAUUAAACUGCUUCAAAUGCUUGUAUUAGAGAAGCGAUGUAUAAAUGAGUUAAUAAAGUUUAUAUAUCAGCUGUAAAAUGUGAACAUUUCAGUCUGAAUGAGUGUAUUUGAUGAUGUACGUGAGUGUGUACAGUACACCGGGGUCUUUUUUUGGGGUUUGUUUGUUUUUUUACUGGUGGUGAAUCUGGACUGAAUCCUGUUGGAACUGGUCUUUAACUACAAGCAAUAAAAAGAAAAACCAAGUUA